AUGGCUCUCACCACUCGAGUCCUUCUUAAUUCAUCUGCUCUCUUAAGAAGUUCUACACUUUCUCUCGCUGUGACGUCAUCUCGACAAGCUCAUGCUGCUCAUAAUACUGUCAUCAAUUUCGUGCCACAACAGGAAGCAUGGGUUGUUGAGAGAAUGGGAAAGUUUUACAAGAUUCUCGAACCGGGACUAAACUUUUUGCUCCCAAUAAUUGACAGAAUCAAAUUUGUCCAAAAUCUUCGUGAAAUCGCAAUCGAAAUUCCUGAGCAAGGAGCUAUUACGAUUGACAACGUACAGCUUCGACUCGAUGGCGUUCUCUAUUUGCGUGUUUUUGAUCCCUAUAAGGCCUCGUACGGUGUCGAUGACCCAGAAUUCGCAGUAACUCAAUUGGCACAGACAACCAUGCGAAGCGAAGUAGGAAAAAUCAAUUUGGAUACAGUAUUCAAAGAGAGAGAACAGCUCAACGAAAACAUUGUGUACGCUAUCAACAAAGCCUCGGCUCCAUGGGGAAUUCAGUGUAUGAGAUACGAAAUCAGAGAUAUGCACAUGCCAGCGAAGAUUCAAGAAGCAAUGCAGAUGCAAGUAGAAGCUGAGAGAAGAAAGAGAGCAGCGAUUCUCGAGUCUGAAGGAGUCCGUGAAGCUGCCAUUAACAGAGCCGAAGGAGACAAGAAAUCAGCUAUCCUUGCAUCAGAGGCUAUCCAAGCGGAGCGUGUAAAUGUGGCUAAAGGAGAAGCAGAAGCUGUCCUCUUGAAAGCUGAAUCCCGUGCGAAGGCUAUCGAGCGUAUCGCCACUGCACUCGAAAAGGAUGGAGGAGCAAAUGCAGCUGGAUUAACAGUCGCUGAGCAAUACGUCGGCGCAUUCGGAAAUCUCGCCAAGGAAUCGAACACGGUUGUUCUACCAGCAAAUCUCAGCGAUCCGGGAAGUAUGGUCUCACAAGCUCUUGCCGUUUACGACUCAUUGAGCAAAAAGAAAUAG